UUCUCCAUCUCAGUUCCAAAACGCCAAGUUUCAGUCCCUUUUCUCUCUACUUUCCUUCUCUAGAUUUUCUCUGUAAACAAACAUGGGAGACAGUCAAUACUCAUUCUCCCUCACCACUUUCAGUCCUUCGGGAAAGCUUGUUCAGAUCGAGCAUGCAUUGACCGCCGUUGGCUCAGGCCAAACAUCUCUAGGGAUCAAAGCUGCCAAUGGUGUUGUUAUUGCAACUGAGAAGAAACUACCUUCUAUCUUGGUGGAUGAGGCAUCGGUCCAAAAGAUACAGGUUUUGACACCAAAUAUUGGAGUUGUCUACAGCGGCAUGGGUCCUGAUUCUCGAGUUUUGGUUCGAAAGAGUAGGAAGCAGGCAGAGCAGUAUCACAGGCUAUAUAAGGAAUCAAUCCCUGUCACGCAACUUGUGAGGGAGACUGCAGCUGUUAUGCAGGAGUUCACUCAAUCUGGUGGUGUAAGGCCCUUUGGAGUAUCACUGUUGGUUGCUGGUUUUGAUGACAAUGGUCCACAAUUGUACCAGGUGGAUCCAUCAGGUUCAUAUUUCUCAUGGAAAGCCUCUGCAAUGGGGAAGAAUGUCUCAAAUGCAAAGACAUUUCUCGAGAAGAGGUACACUGAUGAUAUGGAACUUGAUGAUGCUGUCCACACGGCUAUUUUGACACUCAAGGAGGGAUUUGAAGGGCAAAUCUCUAGCAAAAACAUUGAGAUUGGUAUUAUAGGCACUGACAGAAAAUUCAGGGUCUUGACACCAGCUGAAAUUGAUGACUAUUUGGCUGAAGUGGAGUAGUAGCUUGCCCUGUUUCCAUAAAACACUUCGAAGAAAAGGAAAACAAAAUUUAUGAUUCUGGUUUAUUAUGUUGCAUGGACUUUUGUUUGUGGUGCCCACCUUGCUGUUCAGCAGGAAAAGGCAAUUUGAUGUAAGAUUAAUGAACGUGCUGUGAAUUAAGGAUUUAUUUGAAACCUACCCAGAACGGUGAAGCAAACAAAUAUUCAAGAUUUUAACCCUCAUUUUAACUCUUA